AGGAGCUGGGAGUCGCAGCAGUGGGCGAGCGGAGGCUGAAGGUACGCGGGGGGGUCAGAGCGGCCCAGAGCGACGCAGAGAACCGGAGGACCAACAUUUGUCCAAGUAGAACCCCCUCCCUCCCUGUGAAGAGAGGCCGACCCCCCACCUCCCGGCUGGAGAAGGAGUCAAGUGCCGAGGGGAGACAUUUAAGACGUCGGCAGGGUGGGACGGAUAAUCCAGGAAGUGUGGAGGCUGGUCAGGUGGGAGGCGGCGAGUCGGGACAGGUGACACACCGGCACUCAGCUUUAUGACCUCUGACUAAAGGACCAAAGAGGAGACAGACACAAGUCACCCAUCGUCUCUUGGGUUUAUGGACUGGAGGUGGUGAUGUCUCCAGGAGAGGACGGUCUGAUUGGGAUCCCCUUCCCGGAGCACAGCAACGAGCUCUUGUCCCACCUCAAUGAUCAGAGGAGGACAGGACUCCUGUGUGACCUCACCCUCACCUCCCGCGGGGCUCGUUACCCAACACAUCGCUCUGUCAUGGCUGCCGUCAGUCUCUACUUUCGCCGCUUGUUCGGAGCAGAGGAAGGGGGCGGCGAGGGCGGCGGAGGCUUUAGUGUUUGCCAGCUGGACUGCGUGGCGCCCGACGCCCUGGAUGCCCUGUUGGAGUUCGCCUACACCGCCACGCUGACGAUUCCCAGCUCUGCCAUGAGAGAUGUGCUGCGAGGAGCUCAGCUUCUGGGCAUCCAGUGUGUAGCCGACGCCUGCAGAGACAUCCUCGGGGAGACGGCAGAGGCUGAGGGGGAGACGGCGGAGGAGCAGAGACCCCAACAAAUGGCUUGCAAGAAAAUGGUGGUGACAGAAAGCGGUGUAGAGAAAGGGUCGAGAAGAAAAGACAAAAAUAAGGUGAAAAAAAUUAGGCCACACCACAACAACUUCCCACCAUCGAACCCUCUGCCCGCCUCACACCUCUCAACCGCAUCCGAAAGCCACCGAUCCCUGCCCCCCACCCAGCCUCCGAGCCCCGAGCAGGAGGAGCUUCACAUCAAACCAGGGCAGAACGGGGAUCUGAGGCCAAUCAGAGAGCCAGGGAUCGGAGCCCCUUUAAACGGAGGGCUCCUUCACUGGCCGCAAGAUCUCCCUCGUAUCGCUCACCCGCCCCCCAUCAAGAGUAACAAGCUGCCCGAGGACGGCGAGGCGGAGGGUUUAGGCGAUGAUGUGAUGCCGAUGGGAAGCAGCACCGUACCUACCUCUUUAGCCGAUCAAGGAGCAGCCACAUCUGUAGCCGGAGGGGGAAGGAAGAGGAAGUCUCAGACCCCCCAGCAGUGUCCAGUCUGUCAGAAAAUCAUUCAUGGAGCAGGAAAACUGCCACGACACAUGAGGACGCACACCGGAGAGAAACCCUUCCAGUGCACGGCCUGUGGAGUUCGCUUUACACGCAAUGAUAAGUUGAAGAUCCACAUGAGGAAACACACAGGUGAGCGCCCUUACACAUGCCCCCACUGCCCUGCCCGGUUCCUCCACUCGUACGACCUCAAAAACCACCUGUCCCUGCACAGCGGGGCGCGGCCCUUCGAGUGCCCGCUCUGCCACAAGGCUUUCGCCCGGGAGGACCACCUCCAGCGCCAUCGCAAGGGUCACAGCUGCCUGGAGCAGCGCACACGCCGGCCCAGACGUGGGCCAGAGAUGAUGGAGGACUGCGGAGGCAGGAGCGAGCAGUCCAGUCCCCUGUCUUUCCAGGCCCACUCCUCUGUGUUCCACCCCCGCUCAGUGCUGGAAGGUGGCAGCGUGUCCGGAGGUGGCCUCCCGGUGAUAUUUCCCGGAGACAUCGAGCGGGAGAGGGAGCGCUCGCUCGCCCUCCAGGCUCUGGCCCAGCUCGGGCCUCACAGGUUGACCGACUACCAUGAGCUGUUCCUUCGAGGGCUGCUGGGAGGCAGAGAGAUGGAAGGAGAGGACCCGGGAAGGACCCGCUCUCCGGCUCUGCAGCACGACAGAUGGGCGGACGAAGCGGAAGAGGAGAUUGGAGAGGAAGAAGCAGAAGUAGGGGAAUAAGAAAAAGACUGUGUGUGGUAAAAUAUCCACAAUUAAAAAAAUAAUAACAAUUACUUAACUCAGGUGGCUGGACUAAUGACCUGCUGCUCCCAAACAGACAGCACUUAAAACAUAAAUGUAUCAAAAUAAAAAAAAAAAGGGAGG